CUACCAAUCAAAAAAUUGUCAACAGAAAAUAGUUAAACACCAACACCACACUCAACUGAACCAUCGAUGAGAUAAUAAUCAAAGAAAAGUAAACAACAGUACAAAUUCAACACAACACUCAUCCUUUUUCUUUCAUUUCCAAAGAUAUGGCGGAUUCUAUUUCAUUCUUCACCUCUCUUCCUGAAGAUAUCAACUUCAAAAUUGCUUCACUUCUUCAGGUGCGGGAUUUGUGUGCUUUGGGUUGCUCUUCAAAGUUCUGGAAACAAGUCUGUUUCUCUGAUUCCAUUUGGCAUCAUCUUCUAACUAACAGAUGGCCCUUAUUCCGUUCACCUCUCUCUCCCAAUCUCAAGACAUGGAGAAGAUUGUAUUUCGAGAGGCACAUCGAUUUGGGACUUAGAGCAGGCUCUGUCGAGAGGUUUUUGAAAGGUUGUUCGCGUAAUGAAUCACUCGAGGUUGACGACUAUCUGCAAGCCGUUGAAAUUGUGAAUGGUGCAAGGUUUGGUUUUGAAGACAUUCAAAGGCUCCUGUUUAAACCUGAAAUGAACGUGUUGGUUAACUUGGUUGGUGUGCAUUAUUGCAUAACAAACCUUGGGAUUCCGGGUGAUAAUCUUGUAAAAGUCCUUCGAACUUGCGAGAUCUCAGAUCGACAUGUAUGCGUCAAGUGGUGGAAACUUGGUAGGUGGAUACAUGGAUACCGCGGUAGAGAUGAGUUACUUUUUCGUUGGAUUUCUUUGGAAAAUUUGGCAACAGAAGAAGAUGAGACUGUUUUGAGAGUGCUUCGUCGAGGCACUGUUCUUGAGGUUUUACGCGUUCAGAUCUCAGCUGUUGAUCAUAAAUCAAUACCUUGGUCCUAUCAGGAUAAUCAGUGAUUGGAAUUGCUGCAGGGAAAUGAAAUCAACUAAAAAUGAACUAUAAGUAUCAAUAUUUAUCAGCAUUAGUAUGUGUAUAAUAAUAGUAUAUGUCAAUAUCUAUUACUAUGUGUAUAGUUAAACAUGUGUUGUAUGUUAAUAAAAACAGGGCAAUAAUAAAUAAUAAUGCUUAUUAUCUUCUUAACAAGGCAUGUUUAAAAUUCA